CGGGUGACGUGUGGCUGUGUGGCGUGGUGUCUUUGGUGCAGUGCUGAUAGUGAUCUUUGGUGUGUGGUUGAUGCCUUUGUGCAGUGCUGAUAGUGAUCUGUGGUGUGUGGUUGACGCCAUGGUGUAGUGCUGAUGGUGAUCUGUGGUAUGUGGCGUGGUUUCUUGGGUGCAGUGCUGAUGGUGAUCUGUGGUGUGUGGCGUGGUUUCUUGGGUGCAGUGCUGAUGGUGAUCUGUAGCUGUGUGGUGUUUAAUUGGUGCAGUGCUGAUAGUGCUCUGUGGUGUGUGGUUGACGCCUUGGUGCAGGGCUGAUGGCGAUCUGUGAUGUGUGGCGUGGUUUCCUUGCAUGGUGCUGUGCUGCUGAUGAUCUGUGGCUGUGCAAUGUGAUGCUUAUGGUGACCUGUGGCUGAGGGGUGCGGUGUACUGUGGUGGUUUAACGCCUUGGUGCAGUAGUGACGGUGACUGCUGAGAAGACUGCGUGUAGUGUAAGUGCUUGGAUGGCAGAGUGGCAAUCUGUAUAGGCUGUGAUAGGCCGCGGUAGGCAGUGAUAAGUGGGCGAACGUGUGAUGUGAAGCAGUGAACGUAACCCAGCACUUGUUUCACCUGCCUCACCUGCCUCGUGGACUGAGAGGUGAAGGUUCAGGUGACAUGGGAGCCAGCCACGACAUGGGAAGUGGCAGAGAGGACAGUAAGAGGAGCGAAGCAAUGGGGUUCGCGGAGUACCUCAGGAUGAUCUACUAGGCCCGCUUCUUGGGCUUCAGUAGAGGGCGUGGCUAGACAAGAAGUGGGCGUGGCUGGGAAGCGUGGGAGGAGCGUCACGAAGAAGAAGAAGAAGAAGGAGGAGGAGGCUUGGCUGGAGGUAUAAAUAGGCUUGUUGUGAAGAAGAAUCCACUGAGAAGCACAGGUUGCAUUUACCAUCACACCUCCUCCACCUCCUCCUCCACCUCCUCCACCGCCACUCAGACAGAUGCAGUGUCACGCAGUCAACAGGAGUACCAAGGUGCUGGUGGUGGUUCUGGUCACACUGGCGUCCUGCAUCUCCCUCGCCCCGGCUCAGAUUCAUUGGAACCGCGGAUGGGGAGCAGGAGGAUCUAUGGGCAAACGAUCUCCGUCCUCUCCUUCUUCCUCCUCGUCCUCCUCCAGCGUCGCCGGCGGGAGACUCGAGGUGGUGGGAGAGGAGACGGGCUUCUUGGACUGCUCCGGGGACCUCACUCAUGCCUAUAACCUCCUCCUGAAGGUCAUUGAGACCGAGGCCUCAAGGCUGGCAGCCUGUGAGCUCCGAAGUGAAGGUGCCGCCUCUCCAGUGACCGGGGAGCGAGAGGGUCACCUUCCACACACCCUCCCAUGGUGGAAGUCUUCCUCCACGGACCAGUAACUCCUCCACCUCCAGCCACCCUUCAAUCCUUGUAUCCACCAAUGGCGGCGCAAUUAUCACCCCUCCCUCCCUUCACUAUCCCGUUACUCUCCUAAUGAGGUGCUCUUGUCUUCACCACCACCACCACCACCACCCGUCAAGAUAGUGUACUAGUGUAAUUCUUGACAUUUUUCUCCCUACCUCUCCUCCCCUCCCCGGCGGUGGUGAUGGUGGCGGCGGUGCUCGGGGCAAGCUUCAGGUGUGGUGGUUGUGGUGGCUGGGCGUUGUUGAGGUGGCGGCGCGGCGGUGGCGAGGUGCGUUGUGUAAGUAGGGAUGGUGGCCGUGUGGCAGGGAAGGUGUUGCUUUGAAGGCUGUGGUUACUGCGCGGGUGUUUAGGAGUGUGAAGAUUAAUUAUUACCAUUAGUAUGUACAAUUAUUGCUGUUAUUGUUAUUUUUCCGCUUAUCACCAUCGAGUUCCUGAAGAUUUGUACCAACUAGUGUUAAUCAGAUAGCACGGAAGGUUAUGAGCGAGGAAGUAUGACGGAAUUAAAUGUAAGACUUCAGUGAGGUGUUGAGUAAAAUAGUGGUAAUUAGAAUGAAGGUGUUAAGGAAAUGUCAAGAUGUGAGAAUUUGUCCAGAAUAUGAAAGUGUUUAUGAUUCGAUUGUGAUGUAGGUAACAAAGGGAUUAGCCCCAGUUAAGCAGAUUAACUUGCCUCACCUUUCUUGACUUACCUGUAAAGUGUAAUGCUAUCAAGUGGGAUUAACCUCAUCUGUAGUCAAAGUUGAACCGUUGCAGUGUGGCCUGUUCUUAGCGUCGGUGUGUGAGCGACCUACUGGGGAACGUUAGCGAAUUGUCAUGUGUUGCUUCAUUGAUAUUCUGAUUAUCGGGGCCAAAAAACCGGACUGGAAUUGGUUUAUGAUGCAAAAGAUGGCAGUUGAACCACCACCACCACCACCUUAACCGUUUACACGUUCUGGAUAUUCACCUCCACUUGUUCUAAUUUUCCUUCUCUUUUUUCUUCUUAUUAACUGCAAAAACAAGCCAACUGUAGUACCACCACCACCACCACCACCACCACCACCACCAA